AUGUCACCUGACCCAUCACCUCGCAUGUCACCUGACCCGUCACCUCGCGUGUCCCCCGUCACCUCGCGUGUCCCCCGUCACCUCGCAUGUCACCUGACCCGUCACCUCGCAUGUCACCUGACCCGUCACCUCGCGUGUCACCUGACCCGUCACCUCGCGUGUCACCUGACCCGUCACCUCGCGUGUCACCUGACCCGUCACCUCGCGUGUCACCUGACCCGUCACCUCGCGUGUCACCUGACCCGUCACCUCGCGUGUCACCUGACCCGUCACCUCGCGUGUCACCUGACCCGUCACCUCGCGUGUCACCUGACCCGUCACCUCGCGUGUCACCCGACCCGUCACCUCGCGUGUCACCUGACCCGUCACCUCGCGUGUCACCCGUCCCGUCACCUCGCGUGUCACCUGACCCGUCACCUCGCGUGUCACCUGACCCGUCACCUCGCGUGUCACCUGACCCGUCACCUCGCGUGUCACCUGACCCGUCACCUCGCGUGUCACCUGACCCGUCACCUCGCGUGUCACCUGACCCGUCACCUCGCGUGUCACCUGACCCGUCACCUCGCGUGUCACCUGACCCGUCACCUCGCGUGUCACCUGACCCGUCACCUCGCGUGUCACCUGACCCGUCACCUCGCGUGUCACCUGACCCGUCACCUCGCGUGUCACCUGACCCGUCACCUCGCGUGUCACCUGACCCGUCACCUCGCGUGUCACCUGACCCGUCACCUCGCGUGUCACCCGACCCGUCACCUCGCGUGUCACCCGACCCGUCACCUCGCGUGUCCCCCGUCACCUCGCGUGUCACCUCGCAUGUCACCUGCCAGCAUGUGCCCAGGAGUCAGCAGGUUCAGGCUCUCAGGCCACCACGUCCUCACCUUUCUUCUCUCUCCUCAGAGGCGGAGUUUGGCUCCCAGCCAGCUGGCAAAGAGGAAGCCGGACGGUUAUUAUGAAGACGAGGACUGGCAGGAAACCAGCACCCCGAAGAGGAAGCGAAGCAACGAGAGCCGGGAGAGCCGGGAGAGCUGGAUCUCCCCCUUCCGGAAACCUCUGACACCGCCGACCACCCGACCCGUCUGCCUGGACAGCCAACAACAUGAGGCGUUUAUUAGAAGUAUAUUAUCCCGACCAUUCAAGGUGCCGAUCCCCAACUACAGAGGGGAUCUGGGUGCUCGGGCCCUUGGUAUUAAGAAGGCCGGUGUACGGAGAGCCCUCCAUGAUCCCUAUGAGGACGGCGCAUUGGUUCUUUAUGAGCCCCCCAUCCUGAGUGCACACGAUCAGCUGAAAGAAGACAAGGAGAAGGUUCCGGUCCACGUUGUGGUCGAUCCUUUGCUGGGAAAGGUCCUCCGGCCCCAUCAGAGAGAGGGAGUGAAGUUCCUGUGGGACUGUGUAACCGGAAGACGCAUUCCCGGGAGUCACGGCGCCAUCAUGGCGGAUGAGAUGGGACUGGGGAAGACCCUUCAGUGUAUCGCCCUCAUGUGGACUCUCCUGCGGCAGAGCCCGGACUUCACACCGGAGAUAGACAAGGCCAUGGUGGUGUGCCCGUCCAGCCUGGUGAGGAACUGGUACAACGAGGUGGGCAAAUGGCUGGAGAGCCGGAUCCAACCCCUCGCCAUCGACGGCGGCUCCAAGGAGGAGAUCGACCGCAAGCUUGGUAUGACGGUGACUCUGAUGGUCCUCUCUGGUUGUAGGUGUCUGAUCAGGAGGACGUCUGACAUUCUCUCCAAGUAUCUGCCGGUGAAGGUGGAGCAGGUGGUGUGCUGCAGGUUGACGCCGCUGCAAUCUGAACUGUAUAAAUGCUUCUUAAAGCAAGUGACGCCGGCAGAGGAACUGAACGAAGGCAAAAUCAGCGUUUCCUCCUUGUCCUCCAUCACUUCACUGAAGAAACUGUGUAAUCGGAAGAUGUUGGUCCUGGACUAUAUCCUGGCGGUGACGCGGAGCUGCGGCAGCGACAAGCUCGUCCUCGUCUCCAACUACACGCAGACUCUGGACUUGUUCGAGAAGCUUUGCAGAGCGAGAAGGUAUCUCUAUGUACGUCUGGACGGGACGAUGUCCAUAAAGAAGAGGGCAAAGGUCGUGGAAAGAUUCAACAGUCCCUCGAGUCCGGAGUUUGUCUUCAUGCUCAGCAGCAAGGCCGGGGGGUGUGGCCUCAAUCUCAUCGGAGCCAACCGAUUGGUCAUGUUUGACCCGGACUGGAAUCCAGCCAAUGAUGAGCAGGCCAUGGCGCGUGUGUGGCGGGAUGGGCAGAAGAAGACCUGCUACAUCUACCGGCUGCUCUCG